UCUUUGCAUGUACAACUCCAGAGGGGUAAAGAUUUCCUCACGUUUAAGAAUGUCAAGAAGAAGUGGGCGCCUACAAGCAAAGAAUGUCAAAUGUGAGUCUGAAAAUGAUAGCCCAGCUGCACUUGCACCACGAAAAAGGAAAUAUGAGGAAAUAGAACCAACAGAUGAAUAUCAACAGGACACACUCAAACACAAAUAUGAAAUACAGGGCUGCUGGUCUCAAAUAACGACAGGAACUGUAACUCCGUGCAUUCUCAUUGAAACCCCACAAAAAGAAACGGAAAUCUCUCCAGACAUGUCAAAGUUUACCCGAUACAGGUUUAAGAAUCUCUUCAUCAGCCCAUGUCCUCUGCCAGAGCUGAGCUGGGCAACUUCAAAUGAUGUGUGGGUGAAAAUGUUGGACAAAGAAAUCAGAUACCUACACUCAAGUCGUGUACUUCAGAACCAUCACUUGCUGAACAGAGACAUGCGGUCAAUUUUAAUGGACUGGCUCAUAGAGGUAUCUGAAGUCUACUCCCUACACAGGGAUACUUUCUACCUUGCUCAAGACUUCUUUGACAGGUUCAUGUUGACACAAAACAGUUUAAGCAAAUCCAUGCUUCAGCUCAUAGGAGUCACAUGUCUGUUCAUUGCUGCUAAACUAGAGGAAAUCUAUCCACCUAAAAUCAAUGAGUUUGCCUAUGUCACAGAUGGUGCCUGCUGUGAGGAUGAUAUUAUUCAGAUGGAGCUCAUCAUACUGAAGGCAUUAAAGUGGGAGCUAUGUCCAGUUACUGCAAUCGCCUGGCUCAAUCUCUAUCUUCAAGUAUCUUCUCUUAAGGAAAUGCCAAAACUUCUGCUACCUCAGUACUCACAGGAACAGUUUAUCCAGAUAGCACAGCUUCUGGAUCUCUGUAUUUUAGAUCUUUCCUCACUGGACUAUAAGUAUCGAAUUCUGGCAGCCGCUGCAUUAUACCACUAUUCUUCAAUGGAAGUAGUUGCUAAAGCUACAGGUCUAGAAUGGGAUGGCAUAUCUGAAUGUGUACAGUGGAUGACCCCUUUUGCAAGAGCUGCAAGAAGAAACCCACCUGCAGAGCUACAAAUGAUUAAAAAGGUGCUACCAGACGAUCUUCACAAUAUCCAGACUCAUACAAACUACCUUGAGAUGCUGGAUGAAGUAGGAGCACACAGAGUUACUGUUCUGCAUGAUGGACAAUCUCCACUCUUAGUUGGAGGUAUCUUGACACCACCCAAAAGUACAGAGAAAAAUACUCUAUAAAAUAUUCUAGUUGGAUGUCUCUACUUCCUUUUUGUCAUCAGCUUUACGGUCUAUUGGACAACGAGAUGUCUCCUGGAUGUUUUGGAAUAUGUGGCAAUUUUCAUGCAGGAGCCCUGUCUUGCACUCUCUAGUUUGCUAACUUAUUUAUUGCAGUAUUGUACUCCCUACUUUUGGGUCCAGGAACAUGGCUAUACAGGCAGCUCAAUUUUUAAAAGGUUACUAUUUUAACAAUAUGAAUUCUGUCAAAUUUUGGACUCUUAAACUUUUCUUCUGGACUCAAAUCUGUUGGUGGGAUGAGCUGUCACUUUAAUUUUAUUUCUAUCCCUCUACCCCUGCAAAAAAAAUGAAACCCCUGCCAAUGUGCCCUGCUCUAAUCCUAUAAACUGAUGGUUCUACACCUGCCUUACCAGCAAAAUAACCUGAAAUACAUGCAGGUUUCUGCAUAUUGCCUUUACCCUUGGUUUGCUGUACUCCCUUAAAGUUGUGUUCUGUCAAUUGAAGACGAGCUUUCCUUACGGAUUUAGUGUAGUCGCCAUGGCCAAAAACACUGCAUUUGCUUCCAUGGUGAUCACCUUGUGUGGCUUAGUUUCUAGGUCUCCCCCUGUGAUUCUUGUUGGACACUGCCAGUUUUUUUUAUUUUUUCCUUAACCAAGAAGGAUGUUUAAAUGACUGGAUAAAUUAUUUUGUCUCUUAUCUUAUAGCUGGUAUGGUGCAGCUUUCUUUGCUAAGGGGGGAACUAAAUCUCCCCUCCUCAGUAUAACAUUGCAUGGUUUCCAGGUGCUCGCAAUGUCUUGUUUUAAAUGCAGCGUAUAAAAGUAUUUUGUUUUAAUUUGGGAUGCAUUUUUGGAGGGUGCCAUUUAACUGUACAGGCUUAAACAGUAUGGAGGGAUCUUGCACGGGUGUAGUUAACCUAUAAAGUGCCAGGAAUUUGCGACAUGACCCUUGCAGCCAAAGAGUUGCAUGCAUUGCCUUUUUUUUUUUUUUUUUUAAUAUAUUGCAUUUGCUAUGUAUUAAGUAAUUGUUACAAAUUGGAGCAAUUAACCUUUAAUUUGGCCUCCAUGGUGAUUGCUUAAAGUGGAAAGUAGCAAAUGAUUAUCUGGCUAAAAGUGAUCCCCCAGAUGUUGUAGAACUAGAACUCUCAUGCUUUGCGUGUCGUAGAGUAACAUGGUGACAUGAAUGUAGCUUUAAAACAUCUGGGAUCUACUUUUUGGGCACCCCUGCCACAAUAGCAGUGGUUUUCAACCCAGUCAAGUACCCCCCUACCAGUCCAGGAUUAUUACCAUGUGUCAAGGGGAGGGGCAGUGCUAUGGGUACAUGAGGACUGGGUAGGGAACCACUGCCCUACAGCAUAGUUUUUGGGUUUUAUACUAAAUGGCAGCUGUUAUUUGCAAAUCUUUCUGAUGUAAUAUUUGCUACAACUUUUAAUGCUCUGAUUUUAAUUU